CUACAUCUCACUACUUCAUUGUCACCGACUCAACGUUGAGUGUUUUUACUAGCAGUUGCCUAGCUGCCCCUCGGAUACAAUAAAAGGCCAAGCUGUUGCUAGUUUGAAGUGCCAAGGAUAUGACUUAUCACAUUGGAAUCUGAAUAGGAAUGCCUUCAUAAUGCCCCCAAAAUCAAAGAAAUCGAGGGCAAACAGCUCGAGGCCUGCCAAGAAGACGGCUAAACAGAAGCCAGCCAAAAAGAGAUCUUCAAGUGCCAGGACAUCCCAGGCUGAGGUAGACAUUCUCAGCCCAGCAGCCAUGGAAAACCUGUACUACAUUGCCCACAAUGCUGCGGACUGUCUCGAGUUAAGAGGGUUUGGGUUGCAAAAUUCAAAGAAAAAAAAGAAAAAGAAAGGGAAGGGACGAAAGAAGAAAUCCAAGGGCAAAAAGUAGCCUAUGAAUGGUCAAAACCACAGAAUCCACACAAAAGACAAGGACAAUGGUACCGUCCUGUGCAUAUUUGGAAUUACAUAAUGAUAACCUGCAUAUCAUAUCUAGAUAACUGCAACUAUUGAAAGAUUAUUUCCUGAACUUUGAGACCAGAUCAUUGAUUUAUUAUUAGUGAUACCACACAAUUUCAAUCUCGCAAAUUCCAGCAAGUGCAUUAUAUAAUGUGUAAAAACAUAGGUCAAACAGUGAAUUAUAAGGUCAACAUUGCCUUUUGGACCACUAGUUUAAUUCAAAUCCAAUCAAAAUCUGAGACAAUAAUACUGGCAAAGGCACUGUUAGAUUUUCUAGUCAGUAAGAGUCAUCCUUUUUUCUUUUUUUUUUCACGUAUGCAAAC